CCCUGCGCAGCCGCAGUGCCAUGUAAACACAACUGCCGCGGUUGGCUGAGGUCGAAGUCAGGCUAAUAUCGCUAGCUAAAUUGAGCUAAAAGAACUGUAGUUUUACUUUUUUCUGCGGUACGAAUAUUGUUAGCCGUGCAUGAAUGAAACUACGCGAUUUCUGCAGUAUGUGCUGUAGUCAGCUAGCUAAUUAAGAACAGCUAAGAAGGUUAGCAAGCGGUGACGUUAGCGUUAGCUUGUAACCAAUGAUAAAGCGUUCGAGGCUGGCUUGUUAACUAGCUGGCCCGUUAGCGGCCGACCCUUUUGCAGUUUAACAGUACAUGUCUAGUUAUUCGCUGUAGCUGAUAAUUUUGCCAGGUGUUGCCAUAAUGACUGAUAUCACCACGUCAUUACUCAGUGUAAUUAGCUAGUGUAGUUAACUCAGGUGAUAGGCCAUCGACUGACCGGAAACAAGCUACAUUAACAAGUUGAUAACAUCAACCAGCCGUUGUCGUCGAGUCUGAUCAGAACAUAUACAAAAAAGGAAAGUCGUCGUGAUUCAUUUCACUGUCAUCAUAUGUUGACUGAAAACAGGAAACGGCAGCGCAGUGGUGGUGAUGAGGAGAGUGGCCACCUGGUGCCCCAAGCCAAAAGGCAGACUGGAGCUCAUCCUCUCUCUCCUGAGCCAGGCCGGGAUGCCUGGGACUCUGAGUCAUCCAACAGUGAGAGCAGCAGCAGCAUCAGCAGUCCAGAACAUGCAGCUGGGAGCUGUAGUAGUCAGUGUGUUGUCGGCCCUUGCAGUCCCCUCAGCUCUGGUGACCCCUCAGAACUGGCUGGCCCUACAAACCUGGUGUCCUACCUGCAGAUCAACCGCAUCCUGAAAGAAGCCCACUUCCAGAGCCUGCAGAGCAGAGGCCAGCUCAGAGACACAUGAUGACUUGAUGUCCCUCUGCCAGCCAUCAGAGGACCGAGUCCCUGAAGCAUGUCGGAGCACCACAUGCUGAAUCACUUCACUCAGCUCUUCCCCACCCAUCUCCAGUUACUGUGAUAUCUCACAGCUCUACAUAUCUGUGGAUGGAGACCAGCUCCUGGUCAGGUAUCUGGAGGGUGUUCAUCAUUCAAAUAAAUCAAAGUGAUAAUCAUUUUAGCAAUAAUAACUGUGUGAUCCACUUCAACAUUUUUUUGUGAUCCACUUAAUUUCUGACCAGUCUGGUUUACAUGCUGCUCUACGAGCCUUUAUAGUGACUGAUUGAUGAUGAUGUAUCCCUGUGUUUUGUCUUAAAUGUUGUAUGAAAGCAGUGCUACUGGAGCUGCACAAAUGGCACCAAACACAAUUUUAGGCCGGUCAGCGUGUGACCUGUUUAGUCUCCUAGUAGGGUACUUGGUUGUUUUAUGCCGAAUCUGAUGUCUGUGUGAGUACACGGACCAGUCUCAGGGAGGAUUUGCACUUGUCUUGGACUGCUCAUUUGUUUUCAUAUUCAGACAGGGACCCCUUUACAGGGGGCUGUAGAAGCCAUGGGUGUUAACUUGGCCAAGGAAGUUGUUUUCUGUCCUGUUUUUGUUAGUUAAUAGAUUAUUUAAAAAUCUUGUUAUUAGAUUUCAGCUAAAUGUAGUGGAGAGUCAGGCCAUGGAAUACAUGAUUUGGUUUUAGCACGUAUUUAGCAAUUUCCCACCAGAUAAUGCACUCACCUGAGGUUAAAAGAUCUGGCACAUUCAUCCCAUAUUUAACUAUUAGUGCUAAUGUGUAUUGAGAUGCAGAUCCAGUUCCAUGUGCAGAUUCAAAUUAUGAUUUGAUUAUGAUUUCUAUGUUUUAUUUUCUCCACAUCAUGUAAUAGAUACAUUUCAUGAACUCUUGUGAGCGCAACAUUUUAUGAUCUUGACGUUACCCUUCUGGUCUUCUCAUGAUCACGCUACAGAUUGUGAUAUUGGAAUAAUCCUCUAUAAUCAGCAGUGCCGCCAAAUGUCGGCACUCAUCUAUGAGAAUUUAAUACCGUUAUUAUAAACUGAUGCAACUAUAAGCAAAUGAAGAGCCCAUGUAAUGUCACUAUAGUACUCUCUUAUAGGGAGCAAUGGUGCACCUGUGCUAGCUAGGAAAUGGUUACCAAUGUAAUGACCUUGGACACAAAGCAAUAUCAGGUCGAGAUUGCAUAUAGUUUGUGGAUUAUGAAUAGAUGGAUAAAUACUCGAUCUUGUGCAUCUUUUCUAAUAAUUGUGAGAAUACAGAUUGAUUUAUGUCGAAAUGGAUCCCAAGAUAACAAAGCUUACUGCUGAGAUCAUGAGAGAAUAAUUUAGAAUAAUUAGAUUAUUAUGAUACAGAGAAAACAAUAGUAACACCCAUGAACUCUACAACCUUCCAAACUUUGUAGGCUUUCGCAAUCUUUUUUCUUUUUUUCCAAAUUGGGGGCUGUAUGACAACGAUCAUUCGAGCGUGUAGGGAAAUGUAGUUCUUUUGAGUCCAGAGGGGGUGUUACAGUACAGCCUUUGGGAACAAAAAGACAUUCCCCUGGCUUUGUCUGCAAUAUUACUGAAGCUACUAAAAUGCUGUUUCAAUUGCAGGCAAGCCUCUUUGCUUGUGCACUACCAUUCAAUGGUUGCUGUAUGAAUGUCCACGUGCACUGAACAUCCAGGUACAAGCACUGACCGCAAGGCUGUGCGUCUCUCCUUUUCUCAAAGCGGGAUUGGUUUUGUCACUGAAACUUUUAUCCCAGGAGUAAGCUCAGCUGUUUAUUUUUUUAAUUUCUAUUUCUUGUUUUCAGACUGGUGUGUCAGAAAUGAAAGCAUUUUGAAGAUGUGGUUUAUUUUUUUUAAUGAUAUAUUUUUUGUAUUUAGUAAUGUACAUGACAUUAACCUGCCAUUGUUUUUUUUUUCUUCUUGUAAAUAUCCCUUCAUUUCAAAAAUAAAAGUUAAUGUUUUUGAA